GAGAGGUGCAGGAGCAUCAAAUCAGAAGAAUGGGUCCCACCGCCACGAUGGGCUUAGUGGUGGUGGUUGCCCUGUUUUGUUGCACCGAGGGUUUCAUCGGCAUGAAUUGGGGAAGGAUGAGCGCCCAGCGGCUGCUCCCUUCGCAGGUGGUGGAUUUGAUGCUUCAGAACGGGAUAAGAAACGUGAGAAUCCCGACCGCUCAGUCAGACAUCUUGAAAGCCUUCCAGGGCAGCGAGAUCAAUCUAACCAUUUCCUUGUCCAACGGUCAACAACCUCACAACAUGUCAGCCGCAAGAGCUUGGAUCCAAAGCAAAUACGAUCUGUUCAAAGUCAACAACAUACGGUCACUCAUCGUAGGGGUAGGAUCGUACCCCUUCAAUUGGGGAGGCAUGUAUGUCCUUGACUAUGACAUCAACUGGAGAGGCCUCAACUACAUGCAAGACGCGCUAAACGAGAUCGGCCUCAACCAGACCAACGCCAACAUCAUGCAUAACUCUGAAGAACUCAUUCCCAACAUCACCAAGCCCUCUGAGGCUGCCUUCCGCGAUAGCAUCAAGGAUAGGAUGUCCGAGUACUUGCGCUUCCUGCGCGACAACAAUGCCCCCUUCUUUGUAGACUUAAGACCCAUCGGAGACCUCGAGCGUUGCAGCCUUGACCCUAGCUUUGCCUUCCCGGACAACAAAUCGAAACUUGUCAUCAAAGACAUAAACGGGGCCGUCUACACCAAUGGUUUCCUUUGGCAGUAUGACUGCUUCGUAUGGGCGCUCGAGAAGCUCAACUUCUCUGACAUCAAGGUCGUUGUCACGGCGGUGGGCUGGCCCACCGAUGGCUUCCCUGGAGCGAGCGCUGACAACGCUGGGCGCUAUUAUAAGUUUCUAUUGCCGAUGGUCACAUCCAACAAGGGCUCUCCCAAGCGCCCGGGGGCACCCAUUGAUGUGUUUAUCAACUCGUUAGCUGAUGAGCCCAAAAUGAAGAUUGACAUGCUGCUCUCUCCUUCCUAUCGUCAUUGGGGGAUUUACAGAUCAAAUGGGCAACCUAAGUUCAAGGUCGACCUAUCUGGCCAAGGCCAAGAUAUUUACCCCACCACCAUGAAGGGGAUCAUGCGCAUGCCACAACGCUGGUGCGUCUUCAGUGGGAACUCCACAGAUACGUAUAAAGUGCGACACCAAGUGGAACUCGCCUGUAGCAAAGGUGACUGCACCACCUUAGCUCCAGGGGCAUCAUGCAGCAAUCUUGGUUUCGGAAAGACUGCGUCCUAUGCCUUCAAUGUAUAUUUUCAGACUCAUUUUCAGAAUGAGAAAGCAUGUGAUUUCGAGGAGCUUUCCUACAUCACCGACCAAGAUCCCUCAACGGAGGAUUGCUUGUUCCCAGUCGAGGUGGUUAGAGGUAAUCAACUCAUUGAAUUUUCGGCGGCGCUUGCCCUACAUAGGCCCCUUAAUAUUAGAGGUGUCGUUUUGGUGAUUGUGCUCUACAUCUUCCUUUGAUUCACAUUAAUUUACUUUUCUUUAAUGAUUCUCAUCAUAGAAUUAAACUAUAAUAUAUUUUUGGCUGGAUACUAAGGUUAUUACU